AUGGGAGCUGGUCCUCGUUACCCUUACCCGAAGGAGGUCUGGUCGCCGGCUGGUGGCUGGUGGACUCGUCCGAAGAACUGGGCGUCCAACACGUUUGUGGUUGGUGUAGCUAUUGCUAUGGCCGGUUACGGUAUCUUUAAGUUCAGCUCGGAAAACGAAUGGCGUCACCAGUCGCCCAUUCAUCCGAUUCCGUCGCAAAUGUGGGCUCGCCAGUUCCGUGAGGGCGAGUUGCAGGUGAAGCCUGAGUAA